AUGGUGCCGAAGUUAAGGUUAUCUCCUUGUCUGUCACGGACUAAAAGGAAGCUUCAGGCUGGUCCUAAGAAAGCAGUGGUUGGUAUUUUUGCCUUUGAAGUUGCAAGUGUGAUGUCUAAUCUGGUCAAUAUAUGGAGACUUCUCAGUAAUGAAAAAGUUGAUCAUACGCUCAGAAAAUAUUUCUCACGUUCGGUGGGGAUAAAAAAGCUUGUGUCACAUGAUGAUGAUUUCAUUCGAGGUUUAGUAUCUGGUGAAUUGUUUGAGAAUAUGAUCCCUAUAGAAAAAUUUGUGGCUAGGCUUGAGAAGAAUCAUUGUUCUAAUCCUAGGUUGAAGGAUUUUGAGCAUGCUGUUAGUAAUUGGAUCAACAAUGGUAUUGACCCUUUUGUAUGGGAACUUCCAUGGGAGGAGAUGGAAAAGGAAGCCAAAAAGAUGGAGAGUGCCACCUUGGAUGAUCCAAUUUUGCUUGAGUUUCAGAACAAGGUAGAGCUGAAGCGGCUCGAGGUGGAGAAUUUGAAAGAGGGGUCUUUGUGGAACAUAACUUUCAAUCACAUAGGUAUCCUUUUGGCAAGAUCUGUCUUCACAAUUUUCAAUUGUAUCAAGUCUGUUUAUGGAGUUCCUCAUCAACUCAUGGCGGAUGCAGAUCACACUAGUCCUAGUCCAUCAAUUUUCAGCAAGUACAAGCUGUUGGAUGCUCCUCCCGACACGCUCGGUGCUGCUGCCUUAGCACUCCACUAUGCAAAUAUUGUCAUCAAAAUUGAAAGUUUAGUAAGACAUCCCAUCUCUCUUUAUAGUAGCAGACGUGACCUGUACAGAAUGUUGCCUGCAAAUAUGAGAGCUGAGCUAAGUGAAAGGCUGCCCUCCAUCCAGAGCUUGACUUAUUCGUCUGUUGAAGAUGUUGCAGCAGAGAAGAAGGUGGCAAUGGCUGAAAUAAUUGAAUGGUUAGCACCACUUGCUCAUAAUACGAAGAAAUUGCACUCGAAGAGGAACUUUAAACAACAGAAGGCCUGUGUUUCCAGGAGCCAUGUGCUUCUGGUACAAACUCUAUACUUUGCAAAUCAACAGAAGACAGAAGCAACUAUUAUGGAAAUUAUUGUUGGUUUGCAGUACACUGCUUGCAAGCUCAGCUUAAAGCUCUACUAG